ACCAAGCAAGGUUGCUCGGACCCUCUUUAAUCACGUAGUAACGGAGCCGGCACCUCCGACACUCGAUUGCAUUUCUUUGGCUACUGCACAUCAGUGUUCAGUGACUUUUUCGACUGUGAUUUGAAAUUUUUUAUGCGUGACUGUUAAGUGAACUUGAGAACUUGCAAAAAGACAUUUGCCAUAAGGUCCCGAGCCAUGGGCUGGCCAACAUUGGCCUUGAGUCUGACGACCUUGACCUUAGUCUCAUCCUAUCACCUGCAAGAUCACCGAUUUCUGCCGCCGGUGCAGAAACACAUUCCACCCUCUGAAGCCCCGACUUUCCAGAGAACUUCUGUCGAAGGUCUGCCCCCAGCCUUGGGGUCAUCCAACAACAAUUACAAGUCCAAUGUUUAUCCUGAUCUCGAAUUCGGAUCCACAAGUUUGCCGCUCCGAGACGCAGUCGAGACAUCAUCGCGAGAUGCUCUCGUUGAUGCCUACGAAUCCGCGGCUUUCUUCGACAGCCUUGAAAGCACCGCCGAGAUAUUAACUCGAGGAACGAUUCAACGAGAUGCUGUGGAGAAGCGACCGCCACCCCCCUUGAAAAGCAACAUCGUGCAACACGAGUCUAUAUGGCUUGAGCAGCUCUCGCCACCAAUUAUUAGACGUAAUCAAGGUCCGCCUAAAGUCGUUUGUUAUUAUAAUGCUGACGCUGUGUAUCGUGACGAUCCGUUCUCGUUACUUCCAAAGGGAAUACCUGCUAGACAUUGUACUCAUUUAAUUUACAAUGCUGCUACUAUAGAUUCCCAUCAAUUUAUAAUAAAACCACGUGACCCAGAAUACAAUGUAGUAAAAGGUGGCUACAAAUCAGUGGUGGGAUUGCGUAAGAAAAAUCCUUUACUGCAAAUCCUGACGUCGAUAACGUCAUCAAAUCACACAAAAACAUACAGAGAAUUGAUAAACUGCUACCGGUGUAGUCAGCAGUUCAUACAGUCGACGAUAAAAUUCCUCGAGGAUCACAAAUUUGACGGGUUGCAAAUCGAAUGGAAAUCAGCUUCAAGUCAUCAGUUGAAAGCGCUACUUAGAUCGCUGUACACUUCUCUAUCCUCGCGAGGAUACACGCUAGCGGUGGUCCUGCGGCCAAAUGAUUUUGUAGAUCCUGAAUUAGCGGAGAUCUCUGACUUCAUAUUGCUGAGGUCAUGGCACCUGAGUUAUCAGAAAAUAUCUCAUUCCGCUACUUUGGAAGCUUUGUCGUCUUUCGCACAGAAGUGGCUGGACGCUGACGUGAACCCGCAGAAAAUAGUCAUCGACUUGCCUCUGUUUGGGAAAAGUUAUACGUUGAAGUACGAGAACUCGACUGAAAUCGGAACCCCGACUCUGGGUCCAGGACUUGAAGGUUCUCAUACAAAGCAACGCGGGAUCUUGGCUUACUACGAAAUCUGCACAAAGUUAGAGGACCUUUGGCAUCAUGGCCGCGACAAAGAAGGCCCUUAUAUUAAACUUGGCGACCAAUGGAUCGCGUACGACGACCCCAUUUCAAUAAAAAUAAAAAUUGCUUACAUUAAAUCCACAAAUCUCGGCGGUGUUUCAUUGACUUCCCUAGAUUUCGAUGACUUCGUAGGAAUAUGUGGGGAUCCCUGGCCGAUACUAACAGUCACCGCCAGAGCUCUCGGUAUCUACGACACUCCCAUUGACCACUGCGAGGUGGAAGAUACUCACAGCGACCCCGACAACUGCGCGGGAUUUUUAGUUUGCGACCAGGGAAAACUUUAUCGCGGACAAUGUAACGUUCACCAGUUUUAUAGCUCCACGGAAAGACGUUGCGUUGAUGCGGACCCAGAAGUUUGUCGGCCCGGUAACUUGGAAAGAUACACGAAGGAAAUUGAUUAUUUAGCGGCACUGCGUGAAAAACAGCGGAGCCAAUACUUGCGCUUACACAGAGGCGCUGGAUCGCGGGUUGUUUGCUACAUCACAUCUUGGGCACUGUACAGAAAAGGUGAAGGUAAAUUUGUGCCAGAACAUUUGGACACUCGGUUGUGUACUGACGUCAUUUAUGCAUUUGCUGGUUUGAACCCUGACACGUUGACACUGCAGCCGUUUGAUCCCUGGGCGGAUAUUGAUCAUGGUCUUUAUGAACGCAUUACUUCAAUGAAGGAUUCAAGAGUUUUACUAGCAAUCGGUGGGUGGACAGACAGUGCUGGGGACAAGUACUCGCGCUUGAUAAGCAACGAGAGCUCGCGCAAAAAAUUCAUUGAAACGACAAUAAAUUUCUUGCAUGCCAACAAUUUCGACGGAUUGUCCUUCGAAUGGAAUUACCCAAAAUGUUGGCAGAGCGACUGCAAAAAAGGCCCGGACUCAGAUCGCCCGAACUUCACGAAACUCAUCAAAGAACUGAGCCGCGCUUUUGACCAAACGACGCCUCCCUUGACAUUGGCAGUGACUUUGUCUGGUUACAAAGAAGUCAUAGACAGAGCUUAUGACGUCCGCGAGAUUUCAGAGGCCGUGGACUUUAUUUCUGUAAUGACUUACGACUACCACGGCGCCUGGGAAUCGCAAACUGGUCAUCUGGCUCCACUUUACGCUCGGCCUGACGAUAAAUAUCCUCAUUACAACGUCAACUGGACAGUUAAUUAUCUAGUGGAUCGAGGCGCGCAGAAGUCUAAGCUGAUCAUCGGAAUUCCAUUUUACGGACAAGCAUAUCGACUCGCGACCCCGGAACAUUCUCGUCUAGGAGAUCCAGCCACGGGUCCUGGUACACCCGGCGAGUUCACUGGGCAACCAGGAAUGCUCGCUUACUACGAAAUUUGCGAGAGAAUAAAAAAACGCGGGUGGAAAACCGGCCCAGGACCCAGCGCUUACCACAAGGAUCAAUUCGUGGCUUACGAUGACGCAAAAGGCGUCGCUGAAAAAGGCGCAUGGAUAAAACAGAACGGUUUUGGCGGCGCCAUGGCUUGGACUGUUGAUCUCGAUGAUUUUACCAACAGAUGUUGCGUUGAACCUUUUCCUCUGUUACGUAGUUUGAAUCGUGCUCUAGGACGUCUUCUGGAUCCGACACCGCUCGGUGAAAACUGUCAGAGACCCUCCGAGCCAGUGACUCCUCAGCCGCCCACGCUGACGACUCACAGCGACGCGAAUGACGGCGUACCGCGACCUACACGACCAGUUACUUCGAGCUCGACAUCCAAACCUACAACUUGGCCCACGUGGACUGAAAAACCAACAAAGAAACCCAGUAGUUCUACUACUUCAUGGCCAUCCUGGACUUGGAGCACUUGGUAUCCCUCUACUACCACUACCACAACUUCCACGACCAUCAAAGCACCAGAGUGGACUGAAUGGACAACAAAAAAACCCACAACCACUGAAACUUCCGCAGGAUCCACAACCUCUGGAGGCUCAUGUAACUUUGGAGAAUACGCUCCGGACCCAGCGAAUUGUCGGCAGUACUACAGAUGUGUCCUCGGCGAAUUCAGACGCCAGAGUUGCACACCAGGACUGCACUGGGACAGCACUCGCAGCCGCUGCGAUUGGCCUGCCACUGCCAGAUGUCAACAAGGAGUGAAUCAAAAUCCUCAAAGACCAUGGACACAAAAACCGACUACGACCACAACUACAAAGCGUCCAAUAACAACAACAACAACAACAACAACAACUUCAAAUCCAACGACUUCGAUGAACCCAAUGCCUGGCAAGCCCUGCUCUCAUGGUCAAUAUUACGCAUACUCGGAAUCAUGUACGCACUUCUUGAUCUGCGUGAAUGAUCAUCUUGUAAAACAGCAAUGCGGUCCUGGGUUGAAUUGGAACGACGAGAAAAAAAUGUGCGACUGGGCGUUCAUGAACCCGUGCAAGGACAGACCGAAAAAGAACGCGGCUCUAAUGAUGAAAGACAAAGACAACUCUGGUUCUAAUAACAAUAACAAUAACAAUAAUGAGGAACCAUGUACUCCAGGAAGUAUCAGCAGCGUUCCUGGAGACUGUCAGAGCUACCACGCGUGUCUCUGGGGCCGGCAUCAGAAAUUUUCAUGUGCUCCAGGUCUGCAUUUCAACAAAGAAGCCCACUUGUGUGACUGGCCCCAUCGCGCUAAUUGUAAUGACGAAUCCCCGAUGACUGAAGAUUCUGUGACUGAAGAUUCUGCUGUGACUGAGCAUCCUGUUGUGACAACUUCCAAGCCUACAAUGAAGCCGACGAAAAAACCGACAACCACAACUCAGAAUUGGUGGACACCUUCUUCUUCAACAACGACAACAACAACAACGACAACACAAAAUCCAUGGGCAGUAACAACUUCAUCACCAAAACCUCUUCCAUCAGCGGAAAUUGAUCCAACAAAAGUAUCUUCGCUUUCUGGAUACUUCAAAGUCGUCUGUUACUUCACUAAUUGGGCAUGGUACCGACGUGGAAUUGGAAAAUAUUUACCAGAACAUAUCGAUCAUACAUUAUGUACUCAUAUAAUUUACGGAUUCGCAGUACUAGAUUAUUCUGAACUGACUAUUCGUGCCCAUGAUUCAUGGGCUGAUUAUGACAACCGUUUCUAUGAACGGGUGGUAGCGUACAAAAAACGCGGCGUCAAAGUGUCUUUGGCUCUCGGCGGUUGGAACGAUUCGGCCGGGGACAAGUACAGUCGGCUAGUCAAUUCUCCGUCGUCAAGACGGAAAUUUAUCGAGCAUACGAUUAAAUUCAUUGAGAAAUACAAUUUCGAUGGACUAGAUCUCGACUGGGAGUACCCGGUGUGCUGGCAAGUGGACUGCCGUAAAGGCCCGCAGUCGGACAAAGAAGGCUUCGCGUCUUUAUUACGCGAGCUGAGCGCCGAGUUUAAACCCCGCGGCUUAUUGCUCUCUGCUGCCGUAUCUCCAAGUAAAACUGUCAUCGACAAAGGCUACGAUGUCCCCGCUUUGAACAAAUAUCUAGACUGGAUCGCGGUUAUGGCUUACGAUUACCACGGACAGUGGGACAAAAAAACCGGCCAUGUCGCUCCACUUUAUUAUCACGAAAAAGACGAAGUUUACUUCUUCAAUGCCAAUUAUACGAUUAAUUACUGGAUUACUAAAGGAGCGUCACCAAGAAACAUCGUCAUGGGAAUGCCACUAUACGGACAAGCAUUUACUAUCCACGACCCAAGUGCUGGGACAGGAUUAAAUGCGCCAGCGAGUGCGGGGUUAGCUGGCGAAUUCACUAAAGCCGCUGGGUUCUUAGCUUACUACGAAAUCUGCGAUAGAAUUCGCAACCACGGAUGGAAGGUCUUCCAAGACCCAGAGCGGCGCAUGGGUCCCUACGCUUACAAGGGCAACCAGUGGGUCAGUUUCGAUGACUCGGAUAUGAUUCGGCAGAAAGCCCAGUUCGUUAGAGACAUGAAUCUAGGCGGCGGGAUGGUUUGGGCUCUGGAUCUUGAUGAUUUCCGUAACAGGUGCGGCGAAGGCCGGCAUCCUCUUAUGCAAACUCUGCAAUUAGUUCUCUCGGAUCCGCCAAAUAAACAUGACCGCCCGAUAAAACCUCCGGCAGUUGGUCAAGACUUAGAUUGGAAAAAUCCUAUUAAACCUGCGGUGUCCAUGUCCAUGUCUCCUCAUUCUAUGGAUGAUAAAGUUACCACUGGUGUGAAAACUGAAGAUGAGUACAAAGUCGUAUGUUAUUUCACAAAUUGGGCAUGGUACCGUCAAGAAGGCGGUAAAUUUUUACCGGAAAAUAUCGACAGUGAUUUGUGUACCCACGUUAUCUAUGGAUUCGCGGUAUUGGACGGCACGACAUUGACUAUUAAGCCGCAUGACUCUUGGGCGGAUAUUGAUAACAAAUUUUAUGAACGGGUCGUUGCUCUAAAAGCCAAAGGAAUAAAAGUCCUGAUAGCUAUUGGAGGCUGGAAUGAUUCAGCAGGGGACAAAUACAGCCGCUUAGUUAAUUCGGUGUCUGCAAUAGCAAGAUUUGUUACCCAUGUCACUCAAUUCGUUGAAAAGUAUGGCUUUGAUGGUCUUGAUUUAGAUUGGGAGUAUCCAGUUUGCUGGCAGGUCGAUUGCGAGAAAGGUCCAGCGUCGGACAAAGAAGGAUUUACGAUGUUAGUAAAGGAGUUGAGCGAGUCAUUUAAACCAAAAGGAUUACUGUUGUCAUCAGCAGUAUCACCAAGCAGGCGCGUGAUAAAUCACGGAUAUGACGUACCCGCACUUGCUAAGUACUUGGACUGGAUCUCGGUGAUGACUUACGACUUCCACGGGCAGUGGGACAAGAAAACUGGGCACGUGGCUCCGCUGUAUGUUCGUCCGGAUGACUGGGAGAUGACUUUCAACGCCAACUUCUCGAUUCGCUACUGGAUUGAACAGGGAGCGCCGCCAAAGAAGCUGGUGAUGGGCGCCCCGCUCUACGGACAGUCUUUCAGUCUCGCUGAGAGAAAUCAGCAUGAUUUGAAUGCUCCUACAUACGGAGGCGGUGAAGCCGGCGACGCGACUCGAGCUCGCGGAUUCUUGGCUUACUAUGAAAUCUGUGAGCGAACAUUGAAGAGAGGCUGGACGGUCGUACAAGACCCUGAGCGACGCAUCGGCCCGUAUGCUUACAAAGGUGACCAGUGGGUCAGUUUUGACGACGCAGAGCAAAUAAAACUAAAAGCUGAAUUCAUAAAAUCGCUUGGACUCGCCGGUGGUAUGAUAUGGGCACUAGAUUUGGAUGACUUUGAAAACAGGUGCGGCUGUGAGCCAAGUCCGCUAUUGAGAACAAUGAAUCGUGUGCUGAGAAAUUAUCCAGCUGGUCCUACUUGCAGUGUGACAGGGUCUAAAGUUCCUGAAAUACCGCCAAUAAGUACAACCAAGGCAAUGGAUCAUACGACGUCUUGGGAACAGACGACAUCUUGGGACCAAACAACCGUAUCGACGACCCGCAAGCCGAUGCCAGUAGAACCCGAUGACUCAGUGGAAGUAAUCGCUGGACCUCAGCCUCCCCCAAUGAUUCCGAUCGGCGAAUGCGAGGACAAGCAAUUCGUUCCUCACGCCGAAGAUUGUUCCAAGUACGUGUUGUGUAACUUUGGACAACUGUCUGUGUUGAGUUGUCCAAGUGGCUUACAUUGGAACGCAGAUCACUGUGAUUGGCCAGAGAAUAGUCAGUGUAAAAAGAAGUCGGAAAAAAUUGAAGAGAGUAACGCGAUACCAGAUUCUCCAGUAGGACUGCCGAGCCAAAUUCACGAAAUGGAACAAGUAAAUCGUGGUAACAAAAAAGUUAUCUGCUACUUUACGAACUGGGCGUGGUACCGUCCGGGCAAAGGAAAAUAUCUACCGGAAAAUAUAAAUGGCAACUUGUGUACACACAUUAUUUACGGUUUCACGGUCCUAGACCCCAAUCUGCUGACAAUUAAAAUGCACGACUCGUGGGCAGACGUUGAUAACAACUUUUACGAAAGAGUUACGGCUUACAAAGCCCAGGGGAUUAAAGUUCUGGUUGCGUUGGGCGGAUGGAACGACUCCGCGGGUGAUAAAUACAGUCGUUUAGUCAAUAAUCCAACUGCGAGAGCCAGAUUUGUCAAGCACACGAUCCAGUUUAUUGACAAAUACCAGUUCGAUGGGCUAGAUUUGGACUGGGAGUACCCGGUCUGCUGGCAAGUAAAAUGCGAACUCGGACCGGCAUCCGACAAAAAAGCAUUCGCAUCGUUGCUCAAGGAAUUGAGCAGCGAGUUUAGACCACGUGGUUGGUUGCUCUCUGCGGCUGUGUCACCGAGUAAACGCGUUAUCGACCAUGGCUAUGAUGUACCGGCGCUCGCCAAAUACUUGGACUGGAUCGCGGUCAUGGCUUACGACUUCCACGGGCACUGGGAGCAGAAAACAGGACACGUCGCUCCGCUGUACUACUACCCGGGUGAUGAGUUUGAUUACUUCAAUGGCAACUUCUCAAUGCGUUACUGGAUUGAAAAAGGAGCUUCUCCUUCGAAACUAGUCAUGGGAAUUCCUCUCUACGGGCAGAGUUUCACACUAUCGAGUACCUAUGACUCGGGUUUACAGGCACCUGCGCCAAAACCUGGACAGGCUGGUACCUACACCAGGAGCCCUGGGUUCUUAGCUUUCUAUGAGGUUUGCGAAAAAGUUAAGAACGGAUGGAAAAUAGUAAAAGAUCCAGCGAAACGUAUCGGGCCGUACGCAGUACGUGGGGAUCAGUGGGUCAGCUACGACGACGUGUCAAAUGUAAUUGCAAAAGCUUCGUUCAUACGCGAACUGGAUCUCGCUGGCGGCAUGGUUUGGGCGUUGGACCUCGACGACUUCGAUGGUAACUGCGGCUGCGGAAAGUACCCGCUACUCCGAGCCCUCAAUCGCGGCCUCGGCGGAUCUACUUACAGAGGAGAUUGCACAUAGUCAUAUAAUUUGAAUAAGUUUUUUUAUCAUGAUUUAAUUCUUUGCCUUUUAAGUUUUACGUCUUAAUACUACGCAAUUAAGUCUAGACAAUAGUUUGUAACUGUAAGAUUUAUUCUUGACUCAACUCUUCCGGAUGACACGAAUUUUUUUAUUUCUUUAGUUUGAAUUGUCGUGUCACCUGCGAAGAUUAAUAAAACAAGAAUACGAUUUUUAUUGAAUAAGUGGAUAAUAAAAAAAAAAAAAUAAAUCAGAAACUG